GGUUGGUUAAUGUUUGCAGCUGCGGGUCUUGUGAAACCCGCGCGACUCAUGAAGGUGUUCGUCACUGGCCCUUUGCCGGCCCAGGGCAGGGCUGCGCUCGCCCAGGCCACAGAGUAAGCGCCCGCGUCGGCGUGGGGUCUGCAGCUGAGCCCCUGGCACGCUGUCCAGUCCACCCAACCUCAGACACCCCUGCAGCCGCGCUGGGUAGAUCCUGUGAGGUAGAGCAGUGGAAUUCGGAUGAUCCCAUCCCCAGCAAGGAUCUGGAGCAAGGCGUGGCGGGGGCCUAUGGCUUGCUCUGCCGCCUCAGUGACCGCGUGGACAAGAAACUUCUGGAUGCUGCGGGAGCCAACCUCAGAGUCAUCAGCACCCUGUCUGUGGGGGUUGACCACUUGGCUUUAGAUGAGAUCAAGAAACGCGGGAUCCGGGUGGGCUACACGCCAGGUGUCCUGACAGACGCCACGGCAGAACUUGCUGUCUCCCUCCUGCUCACCACCUGCCGCCGGUUGCCGGAAGCCAUAGAGGAAGUAAAGAACGGUGGCUGGAGCUCCUGGAGCCCCUUGUGGAUGUGCGGUUAUGGACUCUCCGAGAGCACUGUUGGCAUUGUGGGGCUGGGGCGCAUAGGUCAGGCCAUUGCUCGACGACUGAAACCAUUUGGUGUCCAGAGAUUUCUCUACACGGGGCGCCAGCCCAGGCCUCAGGAAGCAGCAGAGUUUCAGGCAGAGUUUGUGCCUAUUGCUCAGCUGGCUGCCGAGUCAGACUUCAUUGUAGUGUCCUGCUCCUUAACACCGGCUACCAGGGGGCUCUGCAACAAGGACUUCUUCCAGAAGAUGAAGAACACUGCUGUCUUCAUCAACAUCAGCAGAGGAGAUGUGGUAAACCAGGAAGACCUGUACCAGGCAUUAGCCAGUGGUCAGAUUGCAGCAGCAGGACUGGAUGUGACCACCCCAGAACCACUGCCUCCAAGCCACCCCCUGCUGACCCUCAAGAACUGCGUGAUCCUGCCCCACAUCGGCAGUGCCACCUACAAAACUCGCAACACCAUGUCCUUGCUGGCGGCUAACAACUUGCUGGCUGGCCUAAGAGGGGAGCCAAUGCCCAGUGAACUCAAGCUGUAGCCAGAUGGGCUUUCAUGGACUGGAGACAUCUCGCUGGACAAACCCAAGCUGAAGUCUGGACUGAGGCCAGAGCUUGGGGCAUGCCCCCUCUGCUGUGUUCUCAGUGGACAUGGGAACGGACAGAUGGGCUUGCCAUAUACUUGCCAAAAGCCUGUAAUUCUAACAUUAAACAGUUUCUGACACGGUG